AGUGCGCCUGAGGCGCAUCUUGGGGAGCCACCCCCACUAGCCAUGUUGGAAGAUCCACACAAGAUAACAAAUGCAACCGUCAGCUUUUUCUUUGUCUCCUGUUAUUUCUUGGCCAAUUUAUUCCAUUUUAGCAAGUGAGAACAUGAGAUAGAAGACGAACACGAAGCUUCCUUUUUUCAUUCAGUUGAAAUCUCUCAAUGAUUGUUGCAUAUCAUCAAAUCUUCACUGUCUCUAUUCAAUUCAGUCCCUUACCCAAUAAAAUUUGACAUAGGUGCUGCCCUUUUCCUUCAGGCAUUCCAGAGAGAAAAUUCUGGGUUUUUCCACCGUUGGAGCUGUUCGUCAGAAAACCUAGUUCGGAUCAGUCGAAGUGCACGUAAACUGGUCCAGACAUUUUAGUUCAAAAAAAUAGUGUUUUCCUUGGGUACAUGAUAGUGGGAUAGAGGCAUGACAAUAUCUUUCCACUCUCUGAAUUACCCUUAUCAUACAUUUGGCUAUGUGAAUAAGAAUAGAAUUAGCCAGUAUUCAACAAGGACAAAUCCAGCUUUAGCCAUUCCUCCUCCAUCUUCAAUUCUCCUACAAAAUGAUGAGAGUGGAAAUUUAUUGGACUCCAACAAAAUACCUGGUUCAAAUGCAGCUUGCGAUUCUGUUGGUACUUCCCUACUCAAUCAUGAUAAUACAGUAGGAAUCAUCGGAGGCGUAUCUAUUCAUUCCACUCUAAAUUUCUUGAAAAAACUUGUUCAUUGGAGUACCAAAGUAGGAGAUGAUUGCCCUCCAUUUGUUCUUUGCUCUAAUCCUGCACCAAGCAUAAGUGAGGGUUUCCAAACGGAUUGCGCUCCAUUGGAAAACCUGAGGCGUGAACGGGUUUUUCUUGAGAAGUCUGGAGCCAGGUGUAUAGUAAUGCCUUGUCACGUAUCGCACACGUGGCACGAUGAAGUUUCAAGGGGAUGUUCUGUUCCUUUCCUUCACAUGGGUGAAUGUGUGGCUAGGGAGCUUAAGGAAGCAAAUUUGAGGCCAGUUGAAACAGGAAGCCCUCUGCGGAUUGGGGUACUUGCCGCUGAUGCAGUGCUGAAGACAGAUUUUUAUCAGGAGAAACUCCGGAAUGAGGGUUUUGAGGUUGUGCUGCCUGACAAAGCAACUAUUGAACAUACUGUAAUUCCUGCAGUUGAAGCUUUAAACAGAAGGGAUAUGGAAGGGGCACGGAACCUGUUAAGAAUCGCGCUACAAGUUCUUCUGCUUAGGGCCGUGCAUACUGUCAUCCUCGCGUCGGAUAACAUGCGGGAGCUGUUGCCUCAUGAUGAUCCAAUUCUUAAGAAAUGUGUUGAUCCAUUGGAUGCUUUAGCAAGGUCAACUAUUAAGUGGACUCGAUCUGCUCAAAAAGGACAGCAGUUGGUGUCAUAUUUGAAGUAGAAACAUUCCCAAAUUCCAUGGCAGUCCGAGACCUCACCUUCUUCAGUUCUGUGAAUCAAAGUAACAGAAUUAUCAAACAGAUGGAAGUCUUUUCGCUUGCCACCAUGCUUAGACUUACUAUGGCAUCAAGAAUGGCACCACAGGAAUUUGUGUCGCAUGAGUGACGUGUCUGCAUGAGGUUUUGCAUUCAGCUAAUGCCUCAGUCACCAAGAUUUGUAUAGGUGACGAGUAGAAAAUUCAUUCAUUAACAAAUAGGAGUACCAUUUAAACCUUUUAAA